AUGCCCCGUGCCUUCCUGGUCAGGAGUCGGCGUCCACAGCCACCCAAUUGGGGCCGCCUGCCUGACCAGCUCCGGGGAGAUGCCUAUAUCCCAGACUGCAGCAGCCUUGGGGGGCUACAGGCACACCAGUCUUCCACCCUCAGGGACUCCUGGACAGCUAAGCCCAUGCAGGGCACCCUGGCCUCUGCUCCCAGAGGCCCAGGGACUCUUGGCUGCCCGCUCUGCCCCAAAGCCUUCCCACUGCAACGCAUGCUGACGCGGCACCUCAAGUGCCACAGCCCGGCGCGCCGCCAUGUGUGCCACUGCUGUGGCAAGGGCUUUCACGACGCCUUCGAUCUCAAGCGCCACAUGAGGACUCACACUGGAAUCCGGCCAUUCCGCUGCAGUUCUUGCGGGAAAGCAUUUACACAACGAUGCUCCCUCGAAGCUCACCUUGCUAAGGUGCACGGGCAGCCAGCCAGCUAUGGCUACCGUGAGCGCCGCGAGAAGCUGCACGUGUGUGAGGACUGUGGCUUCACCUGCUCCCGGCCUGAGGCCUACGCACAGCACCGGGCUCUGCAUCGCACCGCCUGAGACCAUGUACCAGCAUUCUCCCCAUAAGACUAAUAAAUACAGGAAGCUCGUGCACAAAUCCUGGCAUUUAUUAGGCUCGG